AUGACUGAUGACGAGCUGUCUGCCUUGGUGGUAGAUAAUGGGUCAGGGAUGUGCAAGGCGGGUUUUGGUGGUGACGAUGCCCCUCGUGCUGUGUUUCCCUCCAUGGUAGGGCGUCCCCGGCACCAGGGAGUCAUGGUUGGCAUGGGCCAGAAGGACUGUUAUGUAGGGGAUGAGGCUCAGAGUAAAAGAGGCAUCCUGACCCUGAAAUAUCCCAUUGAGCAUGGAGUGGUCACCAACUGGGAUGACAUGGAGAAGAUCUGGCACCACACUUUCUACAACGAGCUCCGGGUGGCACCAGAUGAGCAUCCCAUUCUCCUCACUGAAGCACCCCUCAAUCCCAAGAUCAACCGGGAAAAAAUGACUCAGAUCAUGUUUGAGGCCUUUAAUACUCCUGCCAUGUAUGUGGCUAUCCAAGCUGUACUGUCCCUCUAUGCCUCAGGCCGGACCACAGGCAUUGUGAUGGAUUCCGGAGAUGGGGUCACCCACACUGUGCCCAUCUAUGAAGGCUAUGCCCUGCCGCAUGCCAUUCUACGUCUGGAUCUGGCUGGCAGAGACCUGACUGAUUACCUCAUGAAGAUCCUGACAGAACGAGGGUACAACUUCACCACUACAGCUGAGCGAGAAAUUGUUCGAGAUGUCAAAGAAAAGCUGUGUUACGUGGCCCUGGACUUUGAGCAAGAGAUGGUCAAUGCUGCUGCUUCCUCUGCUCUAGAAAAAAGCUACGAGCUACCGGAUGGGCAAGUGAUCACCAUUGGGAAUGAACGUUUUCGCUGCCCAGAAGCCAUUUUCCAGCCAUCCUUUCUGGGCAUUGAAUCCAGUGGGAUCCAUGAGGCAACCUUCAACUCAAUCAUGAAAUGCGAUGUGGACAUUCGCAAGGACCUCUACGCUAAUACAGUGCUGUCUGGAGGCAGCACUAUGUAUCCAGGUAUUGCUGAUCGGAUGCAGAAGGAAAUUGUAAUCCUGGCCCCUGGCACCAUGAAAAUCAAGAUUAUAGCGCCCCCAGAGCGGAAGUACUCGGUUUGGAUAGGGGGUUCCAUUCUUGCUAGCCUGUCCACGUUCCAGCAGAUGUGGAUUAGUAAGCAGGAAUAUGACGAAGCUGGCCCUCCCAUCGUCCAUAGAAAAUGCUUUUAA